UCAGGUUUCAGUUUUACAAAGACUUGACUCGCUAUUCAAGAGAGGUUAAGAGAAUACACACUUCAUUCUGAACUAAUCUUUCGAUCUACUGGCUCAGUCAGACUACAUGAUAACAAUGGCAGCGCUCCUGAACUAGGAAUGUCAUUUUGACAUCUGAGGAUGAGAUGGAUCAACGUUUUUAAAUCCUUUUUUCCCUUUUAAUUUGAGUCGAAGGAGCUUCACAUUCCUGGAGCAGAAGAAGUGGAAACGUCUAUUUCAAAACCACCUAUGGAACAGACAUAGCAUCAAAAUAGAGUUGGUUUAAUCAGGUCUAUCCCACCUGUAACUCUCCGGUGACUCCUCUGUCCUGCUACAGAGGCAGAGGUGAAACAGACAGCCAUGUCCACCGGCUCAGUAAGCGACGGAGAGGACAUUGAGACGCGUCACGAACGGACUGACGAAAGCUACAAAACCAAACGGGACGUUACACAGAGACGAUACACUUCCUCAGACGACGCGUUCGUCGGUACUGACGGCGGUUACGAAGUCCGAACCAAGCGAUCGUACAGCACCACUGUCGGAGGAAAACAACUUUUCAAAGGGGGUCGACAGAUGCAAAGGAACGCUGCAAACGCCAGAGAGAGGGCGAGGAUGAGGGUGCUGAGCAAAGCCUUUUCCAGACUGAAAACCAGCCUGCCGUGGGUACCGGCCGAUACCAAACUGUCCAAACUGGACACGCUGCGACUAGCAUCUAGCUACAUAUCACACCUCCGACAGCUACUGCAAGACAACCACUUCGAGAGCAGCUUUGUACACCCUGUCAACCUGACUUGGCCAUUUGUGGUAGGAAGAUCAGAGGACAACAAGGACAUGUCUGCAGCCGGACUGUGUGGAGUUAUUUCAUAGGACAGGAGGGACCUCCCUCUCUGCUGGGACUGUCCUGUGCUACCCUGUCUGCUGGCACCCUAUUCUUUACAUAGUGCACUAAAGUACUGCACUAUAUUGUAUAUAUAUGUUUCUGUCUCUGUCUCUGUCUCUGUCUCUGUCUCUGUCUCUGUCUCUGUCUCUGUCUCUGUCUCUGUCUCUCUCUCUCUCUCUCUCUCUCUCUCUCUCUCUCUCUCUCUCUCUCUCUCUCUCUCUCUCUCUCUCUCUCUCUCUCUCUCUCUCUCUCUCUCUCUCUCUCUCUCUCUCUCUCUCUCUCUCUCUCUCUCUCUCUCUCUCUCUCUCUCUCUCUCUCUCUCUCUCUCUCUCUCUCUCUCUCUCUCUCUCUCUCUCUCUCUCUCUCUCUGUCUCACUCUCUCUCUCUCUCUCUCUCUCUCACACACAGAGUAUUCACUUUGAACUCUAUUCCAACUUUACUUGUAAUGCAGUAAGGAGAGUCUUUGGGAGCAUGUUUAUAAUUUUUUAAUAAAUCUGCUGAUAAGCAUCUA